CAUAAACAAGCCAGUCAUAUCCAUCAGUGUCGUCACAUGCAGAAAGAAGGUUGACGAUAAAGCAGAAGAGAUGAAGAGAUGGGUGACGAAAACGUUUGGCAAUCUGCUAAAGCUCCUCACGGAGAAGAUGGAUAAAGUUGAUAAGAAAUCCAAGCUGGCGGAAGAGGAGGAGGAGUUGAAGUGUUUACGCAUGGAGAAGGAGCUACAAGAGCUGAAAAAAGGUUCUAAUAGCGAUAAGAGAAAAUGUCCUCCAUCCACUCCAACCACCUCUCCGAGAGUGGAUAGGAUCCAGGUAAAAGCGGUGGCCAAACCCCCAGCCAGGAGGGUCCUCAUCUCCUCUUAUGAAGAGGACGAUGGAGAUGGGGAACUCGUUCACGAAGGAAGGGGACAUCUGAUCAAGAAGUUUGACGACGCGAAAGGGAAAGGUGAGGAAAAAGUAAGCGGGAAUAUGACGGAGACCAAAGAUGUCCUGAGACAACUGGUGCCAAGCCUGCGAUGACUUCAUUGCCGCUCAAGAACGAGUAUGCAUCCACCUGUAACAUAGGAUUCGUGAAAACCUAACAAAACAAAUUGUUAGAAGCCCG